AUCAGUUAUUUAGCAGCUUGGGCUCUAGGUUAUCGGAAUAAUAACACUGCGUGAGCUUGUCAUUUUAUACAGGUAUAUUAUAUUUCUGUCUGUCUAACUUCUAAGGUCUUCAAUCUGACCCUUUCAUUUACAAGUUGAAAACGGGACAAUAAGUUCAUGCGACCAUGCUUUGACACCUUGAGUUUUUAAUUUUUGUUGUCGAUGGAGCAGUAAUUUAGGUAGAUGAAGAUGCGAUACUUAAAGAAAGAAGAAGUGCCUUUCAUACAAAUUAUUGAAGGGAACAGUGUGAAUGUUGGGUCUAUAAACAUACCUGAAGUUGUUUCAACAUCGAUUCAUUGUCAUGAUUUACGACCGGUCUCAUCGAACAAGAAAGCGUGGAAGAAACUACUCAUUGCGAGCAGUUUGUGUUUUUUAUUCGCUGUAGGCGAAGUUAUAGGUGGAAUCUAUGCGGAUAGUCUGGCAAUAAUGUCUGAUGCAGCCCACAUGUUUUCAGACUUUGGGACCUUUGCUAUCAGUAUGAUUGCUCUUUAUGUUGCCAAAAAGAAAGCCAAUCAUAAAAAAACUUUUGGAUUUUACAGAGCAGAAAUUCUUGGCGCUGUUGUAUCCGUUCUUUUAAUUUGGUUACUGACAGCUGUUUUGGUGUACAUGGCAGCCCAUCGAGUCAUGCAGAAUGAAUAUAGCAUUAAUGCAGACGUUAUGCUUUUUACCGCGUCUUUUGGAAUGUUUGUCAAUGUCGUUUUGGGUUGUGUUUUACAUGGGUGUGAUGUGCCUCAUUCUCAUGGUUCGCAUUCGCAUGCUCAUGAUCAGGAUGAUAAUAACAUCAAUGUUAGAGCAGCGCUCAUACAUGUUCUUGGGGAUAUUGUUCAAAGUAUUGGUGUCUUUAUUGCUGCGCUCAUCAUUAAAUUUAAGCCACACUGGAAGUUAGCUGAUCCUAUUUGCACAUUUUUUUUCUCUUUUUUGGUUCUUCUGACGACCAUUACCAUCUUGCGUGAUGCUGUUCAUAUUCUUUGCGAAGGUGCCCCAAAAUCCAUCAAUUAUUUAAAAGUUAAAUCUUUGUUGAAAAAUCUUCCCGGCGUAAUGAUGGUUCACAGUUUACAGAUAUGGUCUCUGAAUGUCGACAAGCACUGCUUGACUGCACAUUUGGCAAUCGACUUGAACGUUGAUUCUCAAGAAGUUCUACAGAGUGCAUUGCAAACCUUAAAAGAACACUUCCGUAUUUUUCACAUAACGCUCCAAGUGGAAACAUAUCAACCAUCUGUGAUGUCAUCAUGUUCCGAUUGUCUCCUUAUGAACACACCAACAAAUUCUUAAGGCCCUAACCUUGGUUUAUUUGUCUUGUAUUGUUCUUUUACUUUAGUUUUAAGUAACAUUUUUAUUUAUUAUUUUUAUUUUAUUCUUAUAUUGAAUCACCCGACAAAGUUAUGUAUAUAUGCGAAUUCUAAAAACAUCCAUAAGGACUAUAAACAGAGGAGUAGAAAAGUGGUUGUGAUACAAUUUUAAGCCCUGAGCAUAAGGUUUGGGUAAUGGGGGGAGGUACAAUUUUGGUUAAAACUAUUACUGGUGAGCCUGCGCAAAAAGAGGGGGAUUUCGAAUAAUUAGAUAUGUUAAUUUUAGGAUUACAAAUCUGCAAUGGACUAUUGAUAUCAAUACUUCUGAAGAAAGAACAUGUCCUGAAAUGAAAAAUAAAUAAGAUGAUAUGUAUAAUAUCAGUUAUGUUUAUAUAUGUAUGUAGACAAUUAUGUUAGCGUAUUUUCGUGAAGCAGAUAUUUAGAUCAAAAUUGAAGGUUGCAUGAUAAAGUGCAUAAUUAAACGUCCAUGUCCAUAAUAAAAAUGUUUUCAUUUAUCACGCAAGCCAUCUGCUUAACGAAAAGUCGUUACUUUUAUCAUAAUUUUUUUAUGCAUCAAUAUUUUAUGCCAUGUAAUCUACGUUAUCAGAUAAUUGAAAUAAUGAAUGAUUAAUUUCUGCA